AUGACCGAUACUUUCCCGCUGAUGUUGGAGCGCGUGCUUCAAGAAUCCCAAAGGCAGCUCUACUCUGAGCUUUUGGUCUUGCUGGAACAUUCGGAACGUGAUGGACUUGGCAAAGGCCGCAGUGGCAGUCCUACCCCAGAACCCUCCCAAGCACAUUCCCUGGGCAGCCAGCUGCGCAGCAGCGCGCGUCAACGCGAUGCCUCGAGUAGUGACUUCUCAGGUGCGGCUGGAGCCGCGGGAAUAGUCCCUCAUACAAGUCUCUCCAAUGAUCCAAGUGUGGUGCCUGAGCAAACGGUCAGUGGGAGACGGUCGCUGACAUACGAUCUGGCACGGAGAGCGAGUGCACCCUCUGAGGCAGAAGCACAGAAGGUGAAAUCGCAGAAGUCUGUGUCCCUGACAGACGUGCUCACAAACGAGGGGGGAAAACCUCAAGGAUUUGUGGGAAAGAUCGUGAACUCGUGGCAGUUCGAAACCUGCUUUGCAGUUGUCAUCCUUACGAACUCCAUUUUCAUAGGAGUUGUGUUGCAAUGGGAGUCGGAGAACAAGUUCACCAGCGUGCCUACUGCAAUUUAUGCAAUCAGCUUAGCCUACGGUGUGCUGUUCACCGUGGAGCUUUUGCUGAGGAUGAUUGCCGCAGGUCUCUCUGAGUUCUAUUGUCAGAAAAACUGGGCAUGGAAUUUGUUCGACACACUUGUCGUUGCCAGCGUGAUAUACGAAUUCAUUUGGGAUUACAUUUGGGAUGCCAGUGGCAGCCAGUCCACUAGCAUGAGUAGCAACUUGCGCAUCUUGAGGGUUGUGCGGCUCACCAGGCUAACCCGCAUAGUUCGAGUCCUUCGAAUAGCGAGGUUCGUGAGGCCCCUACGCACGCUGGUGCAGUCCAUCCUUGGCACGCUGAAGGCAUUGAUUUGGGCCAUGCUUUUGAUGACACUUAUAAACUAUGUCUUCUCUGCGAUCUUCGUGGACAUUGUCAGCAACUACCUGGCAGACUCUCCCGAUGUAGAGGUGGUGGAGAGCCUACGGAGCUACUUUGGGACCUUGCAAUCUUCGUCGCUCACUUUGUUCAUGUCAAUUUCCGGUGGGCUAUCCUGGUUUGAGGCAACCCAGCCAUUGAAGAAGAUCAGCUGGCUGUGGGUCUACGUUUUCUGCAUCCAUGUAGCAUUCUGCCUCUUCGCGCUACUUAAUGUGAUGACCGGAGUUUUCUGCCACGCGGCCAUACGCGGUGCAGAGAGAGACGCCGAGCUGGCGGUACAAUCACUCAUGAUGGACAAACAGCAUUUGCACGCCUUGCUGUCAAAAUUAUUCAAAAAGAUGGACUUUGAUGGCAGUGGGAAGCUUGACAUCGCAAAGUUCGAAGCAUAUUAUCAAGAUGAAGAAGUGCGCGCCGUGUUUGAAGCGCUUGACCUGGGGGCUCACGAUGGAUGGACUCUUUUUCAAAGCCUGGACUACAACGAAGACCACCAAAUUGAGGUGGAAGAGUUUUUGGACGGUUGCGCCAAGCUGAGGGGCCCUGCCAAAGCAGUAGACUUGUUUGCUUUGCGAACCCAAACGGCCAAGAUCCGGAAGGAGCUUUCAGAUAUGGCUUCUCUCCAGCAGGACAUGCUGCAGGCCGUUGCAACUCACGCCUGGCAAACCAACAAAGUCACCGAUUACAAGAGUUGUGAGACCAAAUUGCGGUUGUGA